AUGCAAAAAGACGAUCGGAACGGGACUCGUACCCGCACGAGGAACGGCACGUGUUGCGUGGGUUAUAAAUUAUCUUUUUGGGCGUUGACAGAAGUCCAGGUCGGAUGGCGCAAUGGUACAUGUAACUAUGCAGUUUGCUAUCUUGCGCAAAUUGCAUUCGACAUGGCACAGUCCCUUUUAGAACAUCUGUUCAUUAUAGCUGAACCAAAGUCCAAGUACUCGUCCAAAGACAAGCACGUGACUAUGUUAUGCCUGAUAACAAAUAAAGCCGAUAAGACAAGCUCAUCGUUUCUUGUUUCUGAGACCGACGGCUCAUUAUCGGGUAUUCCUGUUCCCGGUCGAAGAUAUCCCAAGACGAAGAGACUAGUUAGACCUACAUGGUCUACUCCGAAUUCAGUACCAUAUGGUCGAGUAGGUGAUAUUUUCAACAGAUACGGGUUCUUGGUCAACUACAAAGGAGCGACCCAUGAAAACCAGAGAAACCCCACCCCUCCUUCACCAGUCGCGCCAUGCUAAGCUCCUGUCAAAAGGCACGAUGUUUUUGAAAAGUACUCUACCUUACUAUGGGAUCCUCUCGAGGUCUAAUCUCCACAGCAGUGCAUCUCCCACAAAUUACAGUCGCAAGGCAUGAUGCUAUUCAGAUAGGUUGUGCUGUCCAUAGAGAGCAGUUUUCUGACAUGCUCUCACUGGACAUGGCUUUGUUUCUGUCAGACUUGUGCGUUUGAACAGCAUAUGUCUGCAGUGUCUGGUAAAAGAAGCGGCUUCAUCUAGUGAUGCUGAUAUUCUCCGUAUUCGUUCACUCCAUUCAAUCACUCGACUAGUGGUACUCACUUCGUUUCCUGUCGACUAUUACUCAUUCUUCCACAUAUAGAAUUCACCUCGCAUCGAUUACAACACCUUCCUCCCACCACCUCGGUGUCCAAAGGCCGC